CGGCCGUACUGCUGCGCGGAGCGAGGGCGGGGGGGGGCAUGGCGGCCGCCGUGAUGCCGGCUCCGGCGGAGGCGCGGCGGAGUCGCAGCGGGCAGGGUCGAGCCUAAGCGGCCCGGGCGGGGCGGGCAUGGAGGAGAAUGCAGUGGAGAGCAGCAGCGACGCGGCCCCGCCGGCGGCGCGGGAGGAGCCGUCCGAGAGCGGCCUGGGCGUCGGCACCUCGGAGGCCGUGUCGGCCGACAGCAGCGACGCCGCCACGAGCCCCGCAGCCGCGUCCCGGGCGGAUGACUCCGGCGUGGGGCAGAGCUCGGACAGCAGCGGGGUGUCCCUGGAAGAGGUAUCAGAGAGCAGCUCCAGCACAGAUGUUGUUCCCCGGAUUUACCUGCCAGAUUCAUCCUCCAUUGCCCAGUCCACCUUGGUCUCCAGUGUCUCCACUGUGAGCCAGUCUGUCAUGGUGUCAGAGUCCCCACAAGUCCUGGUCCACUCCAGCGUCAUCACUGAUGGGGCCACAAUCGUGUCAGACUCUACUGCAUCCACUUCCUCAGACCUGGGCUCUGCAAUUGACAAGAUCAUCGAGUCCACGAUUGGGCCUGACAUCAUCCAGAGCUGCAUCGCUGUGACCAGCGCGGGGGAUGGCGGGGCGCAGACCACGCAGUACCUCAUCCUGCAGGGCCCUGAUGAUGGUGCCCCCAUGGUGUCUCAGAUGGCCACUUCUGCUCUGGCCAAUAGCUUGGCAAUAGAGGCUGUUGCUGACGGACCAACCUCCACAUGCCUGGACCAGCCCGGCCUCUCGGAGCCCUCCGGGCAGCUGGAGGUGCUGGAGCUGCCCACACGGCCAGACCAGGCCCGAGACGUGGAUGGUGGAGAGGAGCUGGACCAGCCAGACCUGGAGACUCUGGAAGAGAUGAUGGAGGUGGUGGUGGUGCAGCAGUUCAAGUGCAAGAUGUGCCAGUACAAGAGUGUGUCCAAGAAGACGCUCAUUAACCACAUGAAGGAGCGUCACUUCCAGCCAGUGGGCUCAGCUCUGGCUUUGAAGAAAGGACGCCCACGAAAGGGAGGAUCCGCUGCAAGGGCUGCAGAGGAGGAGGCCCCAGAAGAAGAGGAAGAAGACGACAUCAUGGAUGCUGGUGCUAUUGAUGACCCUGAAGAGGACAGCGACUAUAACCCAGCCGAGGAUGAGCCCCGCGUGCGACAGCCCAGGCACGGCCGCACCGUCCCCACGUCCAGCGAGGAGAGGCCGCGCCGGCGCCCGGGGAGGCCCCGCAAGCUGCCUCGGCUGCAGGACGUGCCCCGGGACGGGCCCGAAGGAGGGGACGUGGAGCCCUUGGUGACAUCGCAGAGCGCGCCGAGCCGGGAGCUGCAGCCCUCGGACACAGCCAGCUCCUCUGGGCUGGAGAACGGGGCCGGCCAGAGCCCGGCCGAGCCUGGCGUCGGCCACUCGGACUCGGAGAACAAGGAGCCGUGGGCCCAGGCGGGCCCCGAGGAGGGGGACACGGUGCCGCGGCGACGCGGGCGGCCCUCGCGCCGCUUCCUGGGCAAGAGAUACCGCAAGUACAUGGGGCGCAGGUACUACUACAAGUCGCCCAAGCCGCUGAUGAGGCCGUACCUGUGCCGGAUCUGCGGCUCGCGCUUCCUCACGCACGACGACCUGCGCUUCCACGUCAACUCGCAUGAGGCCAACGACCCGCAGCUCUUCAAGUGCCUGCAGUGCAGCUACCGCUCCCGGCGCUGGUCCUCCCUCAAGGAGCACAUGUUCAACCACGUGGGCAGCAAGCCCUACAAGUGUGAGGAGUGCAGCUACACCAGCGUCUACAAGAAGGACGUCAUCCGGCACUCCACGGUGCACAGCCGGGACAGGAAGAAAAGAGCUGAUCCGCCCCCAAAGCUGAAUUCCUUCCCGUGCCCCGUGUGCAACCGCAUCUACCCCAUGCAGAAGAGGCUCACUCAGCACAUGAAGACGCACAGCACAGAGAAGCCACACAUGUGUGACAAGUGUGGCAAGUCCUUCAAGAAGCGCUACACCUUCAAGAUGCAUCUGCUGACACACAUCCAGGCCAUUGCCAACCGCAGGUUCAAGUGUGAGUUCUGUGACUACGUCUGCGAGGACAAAAAGGUGCUGCUGAACCACCAGCUCUCACACAUGAAUGACAAGCCCUACAAGUGCAGCUUCUGCAAGUACUCCACCUUCCGGGAGGACUUCCUGGUCUCACACAUGGCCGUCAAGCACACGGGAGGGAAGCCGUUUGCGUGUGAGUUCUGUCACUUCACCACCAAGCACAAGAAGAACCUGCGCCUGCACGUGCAGUGCCGCCACGCCGCGUCCUUUGAGGAGUGGGCGCAGCGCCACCCCGAGGAGCCUCCGUGCCGCCGCCGGCCCUUCUUCACCCUGCAGCAGAUCGAGGAGCUGAAGCAGCAGCACAGCCAGGGGCAGUCCCCAGACAAGCCAGAGCCCAGCCCGCCGGCACCCCCCGGCCCCGCCGCCCCCUGCCCGGUGCAGCCUGUCUCGGCAGCAGAGCCCCCUGUCCUCUCACAGGAUCCCCUGGGGGGAGCCACCAUCAUCUAUGAACAAGAUGUGGCUGGAUCAGCAGAACUGGCCACCCAGACUGCCCUGGAUCUGCUGCUGAACAUGAGCACCCAGCGAGAGCUGGCCUCGGGCUCGCUGCAGGUGGCUGUGGUGAAGACGGAUGAUAAGGGUGAGGUGCAGGCCCCCUGCAAGCUGCAAGCACAGGAGGAGAGGACAGAGGUGGACUCUAAGGAGCAGCAGCAGAAGUUGGUGACGCUGCACAUGGCAGAGCCUGGCGAGACAUUGGUGCAGGAGGCUUACGAGGAGGCCACCCUGGGUGGCUCGGAGCUGCAGCAGAUCACCAUCCCCUUCACUGGAACAACAGAGUACAGCAUCAUCACACCCAUCAGCGAAGAGAUUCAGGCUCCAGGCACACUAUACAGCAGUGGGGAGGAGAGCCCCGCAGAGGCCUCCCAUGCAGUCGUGGUGGGUGAAGCUGUGAUGACAGAGGAGGCUCUGAAGGACCAUGACAAUCAGUAUGUCAUGUCAGGCACUGCAGGGAGCCGUUUCCAUCCCGUGGAGCCCCUCGGGGACACUGGGGAGGGCCAGGAGGCACAGCCCGCCGCCGUCAAGUGGCCCCUGGUGCAGUGUGUCACCAGGCAGCUCCAGAAGGACUCGUCUCUAUCCCCAGCCUCCGAGGGGCAAGAAAGCUCGUCCCCAAAGAUCAAGUGGCCUGCGCUGCAAGGCGUGGCCAAGAAGCUCUCGUGCAAGGUCUCCACAGCCAAGAAGCUCUCGUGUAAGAUUUCCACAGCCAAAAAGUUUUCAUGCAAGAUUUGCACAGCCAUGUUCACAGGGAGAGCAGAAAUGGAGAGUCACAAGAGAGCCCACAUUGGGCCCAGCACUUUCAAGUGUCCUGACUGUCCGUUCACUGCAGCCCUCUGGCCGGAGGUUCGGAACCACAUGGUCCAGCACGCCAGCCUCCGGCCACACAAGUGCUCCCACUGCAGCUUUGCCUCCAAGAACAAGAAGGACUUGCGCAGGCACAUGCUGACACACACCAACGAGAAGCCCUUCGCCUGCCAGAUCUGUGGGCAGAGGUUCAACCGCAACGGGCACCUCAAGUUCCAUAUGCAGCGUUUGCACAGCUCGGAGGGGAAGAGGCCGGUGCCCGCGGCCCCUGCCCAGCAGACCAUCAUCCUCAACAGCGACGAGGACACGCUGGCCACGCUGCAGACGGCGCUGCAGUCAGGACAGGCCGUGCUGGCUCCCGAGCAGCUGGGGCAGGCACUGGGACAGGAGCACAUCAUCGUCGCCCAGGAGCAGAGCGUCGCCAGCCAGGAAGAGGCCACAUACAUCCAGGAGAUUACGACAGCUGAUGGACAGACGGUGCAGCACUUAGUGACCGCUGACAACCAGGUUCAGUACAUCAUUGCCCAGGACGGUGUACAGCACUUGCUUCCCCAUGAGUUUGUCGUUGUCCCAGAGGGACAUCACAUCCAGGUACAGGAUGGUCAGAUCACCCACAUCCAGUAUGAGCAGGGCACCCAGUUCCUCCAGGAGCCACAGAUCCAGUACAUGCCUGUCUCACCUGAGCAGCAGCUCGUCACCCAGGCACAGCUGGAGGCAGCUGCACACUCUGCAGUCUCAGCGGUGGCCGAUGCUGCCAUGGCGCAGGCACAGAGUGUGUUUGCAGCCGAGGCGACGGCGGAGCAGCUGCAGCAGCUGCAGCAGGGCAUCCACUACGACGUCAUCACGCUGGCGGAGUAGCAGCAGGCCGGGCGCAGCAGGGACACGGCGCAGAGCGGGGCGGCCGCGCCGGCAGGAGCCGCCUCAGACAGCAGAUGCCUUAUUACUGGGAGCUGCCCUCGGCACAGGCCGUGGGUGCAGCAGCAGCGGCCGGGCAGCGCUCCCGGGACUCUGCCUCUUGCACUUGAUGGUCUGAAAUCUCUUGUCCUGAAUCUUGCCUGGUGAGGCCAAACUCGACUCAGCGCCUGCCCGGCUCUGGAGGAUCCUGGGGCCCCGUGGGGCUGGUCCGGUGCAAGAGGCGGCUGCCACCCCAGCUCCUGGCACAAGGGCGGCCAUGGCCUCGGGCCUGCGGGCAGGCAGCAGCGGGGCUCGGGGCUGGUGCAGCCUGAGCAGGACACGCGGAGGUGGAGGAUGCUCUGUUUUUCUUCUGGCAGCGGGAUGGACCCUGGAGAGGGUUGUGGGAGGGUUUGGUUCUGACAUUCUCAAGCUUUGACUAUGCUUAUGAAUAAAAAGGGAUUGAGA